AUGAUGUUCCCCAGCACUCUUUCGCUUGCUGCUCUCCUUGCCGUCUGCUCCAUGGCGCUUGCGAGCCCUGCCCCCAAGGCGGACACAAGGACAGUCACGCGUACAGACACUAUCACCACCUCUGUGACCGACACCACCACUACGAACACGAGGACUUCGCGUACAACGACUGUCGUCCCGAUCACCACGACGUUCACAAGGACCACCACGACUACAACUGUGACGCCGACAACAACUACAACUUUCGUGCACGCAUAG